AUGUUGUGUACAAUCGUCAUGCGCGUGCUCAGCGUGCAAGUGUUCUUCCUUGCCGCGAAUGUGUUCGGUCAACAACAACGAUACCCACCAUCUCGUGCAGCUGCCCCUCAAACUCUCCAGCUCUAUGGAACCGGUAAUCAGAUCUAUAGUUGUUCGGGUGGAACUUGGGCCCCAGUUGGAGCUGAGGCACAAUUGUAUGACCAACGAGGAGCAACAGUGGGCCACCAUUAUUUCUCUGGCGGCGGACCUCGCUUCGACCUCGACAUGUUUGGGACGAUUGUUGCGCGGAAAAUCUCGACCCAGCCUGCUCCGUCCCCAGGAAAUGCACCAUGGCUCAAGCUUCAAGCGCUCCCGGGCUCCACGGCUCCCUUUAGGUUCGUCACCCGCACCCAAACUAACCGUGGUGUACCGUCGUCGCCUGGUUGCCAGGGUAAUCAGCAGAACGUUCAGGUUCCCUACUCUGCUGUCUAUACCUUCUCCAUGAACUGAUCCGAACCAGGUAGUCGAGUGCAAUGGAUCCCGGUGCUUACUUCUUUUUCCCGGGGGUUCAUCUUCCUCAAUUGUUCGUUGCAAGAUCAAAAGUCCACUCACAUUAAAAACAACCAGAAACUUCUUCUCGUCGGGGAUC